AUGAAGGUUUUCAUAUGGGCGUUGAAAGAAUGUGGCGCGUUGAAUGUUCCGACAUUCACAAACCUGCGUGCACAGCAGGCUCGCCUGACGAAGGAAAUGAAUAUUCAGACCACACACCACGUGUCAGCCCAAAGUAACCACUUCUACGCAAAUUGCCCGUCUGAAACAACUCGCCUUGACUUUGCCAACCCAUUGGUGCGGCCGCACAUGUCAUUUCUCCCACGAGUUGGCGCACCGGUCUCGGAGUUCUACGAUGGCGGGAAAUGUCUAGAAUUGGACGAGAAGGCGUUAGACUGUGGUCAACUGAUGUGGAUGGACAAGGAGAACGCACCGCGUCGCCAUUUCUACAUCAGAGAGCUCGCACGCCUGCGUGAUGGACGCUUUGUCAUACCCGUUCGGUUUGUUCAGGACAAAAAUGUCGACUGUCUUGAUGGUUAUCUCGUAGUUCACUAUGCUGCAACUGAUAUUUUCGUCGUUCGUGAUCAUGCGCUAAUCCGGGUCGAAGCGAAGGAGCUGCAGGACAACGUUGUUGAUAUAGAAAGGGAGACUGAGAUCAGAAUUAACGACUCUGCGCCAUCAUGGGUGGCAAAGAACCGGCACCCUGUCCGGGCAAUUGCAGCGCAGCGCCCAGCAUAUACCGUACGGUUGAUGAGUUGGAGUGAUGAUGUGUCAGGCAACAAGUCUAAGCAAUACAACGCGCAUACAAAUGUCUACACGGCAAAUAUUAACUUACCGCAUGACAAGCUCAAGCAAGAGUAUUUUGUUCGAUUCUGUUCGACCUCGCAACAUGCUUCAUCCUCUGAGCAGCUAGAGAUACUUGCGAAGGACACAGGUCCCGACCGAUGGCACACGGCGUAUGACUGCGCGCUCCACGAAGAAGUCUUGUUCCGGCUCAUUCCUCACGUCUUCCCGGCCGAUAACCCUCAGCAGUCAGAACAUACCUCACACAUUGGUGGGAAUGGGAACAAACCUUGUCGCGCUUGCAGAAUCGGAGGUACCGCCGAAGAGCGAGAACAAGAGGAGCAAUAUGAGACGUUCUUCCAGCCGGGACGCCUACGCUCAGCGGAAUACACCGUCAACGAGAUCAAGUCGCAGCUCUGGAUAGCAGGCCUCGGUGUUCAAGACACGAUCGAUCUCAUGCAAUCGCACACCGGCGUCAAAGACAAGACUGCACAAUACUGGAUUGACAUCUUGAUCAAGAAGGCGCGUGCAAUGCAGCAAGAACGUAUCACGUCCAAAACGACGAUGGAUCCCCGACUGAAAGAUCGGCGCAUCAGCCGUGAUCCGCAGGCGAAGCAGGAUAUUAAGGCGACGAUCAUGAAUGAGAUCCAACACGAGCUGCACGAAUGGCUGGUCCAGCAACCACCGCACCAUUAUGACAGCCUUCCACUGGAUUCGCCGGAGCGACAUGCUCUGCGACCUGGCGACCACUAUAAUGUCCUCCUCGGUCUCCCUGGUGUCGAGAUUCAUCUAGAUACCCCAUGUGAGAUCUUGCAUACCUUCCUGCUUGGUCAAGACAAGUAUCUCUGGCACACGACGAACUCGCCCUGGGACAAACGAAGCGACGAACUCUUCGCUAGCCGGCUACGCGGAUCUUCGGUGGAUGGCUUAUCGUUACCGCCCAUUCGAGCCGAUUAUCUACUCAAAUACAAGAAUUCUCUUGUUGGGAAACAUUUCAAAGCGUUACAGCAGGUCGGCGCUUUCCAUCUGUACGGUGGCCUAUGCCCCGACAUCGUACGCGACCUCUGGAAGGCUACCGGUGAACUUGGUGCGGUGUUGUGGUUCAGUAAGAUCCGUGAUAUGGACCAAUACACUGCUGACCUGGAGAUCCUCAUUGCAAAUGUGCUCGACAUCUGGGCAAUCAUUGACCCGAACCGGAUCUUGACGAAGAACAAACUACACAUUCUGACUCAUCUCAUUGCGAACAUCAGACGCUUCGGCCCCGCUAUCCUCUACUCUACUGAGAUCUUCGAGUGCUGGAAUGCUAUCUUCCGCUUCUGCAGCAUUCUUUCCAACCAUCAAGCCCCAAGCCGUGACAUUGCAGUCACUCUCGCUGACAUGGAACGUUUCAAGCAUCAGGUUAGCGGUGGCUGGUGGCGCAACUCCACAGGAGAGUACAUACGUGCCGGUGACAGUGUCCGGGCAUUCUUUAAAGAGAACGUCACCCUUCAGCAUCGUCUCGGAUGGGUCGAACACGUAUCUCUCCCAGAAGGUUCAGUUAGGCUUGAGGCGCAAGCGAAGCGGUGUCCUUCGAGUUGGGCAGAUGCAACACAAUCAUUGGGCGAAGUUCAGCCACCACCAUCCAGCAUUUCUCACGCCCCGCCGGCCUCAGCUGCUGCCACGAAUUCAGGGACACAGUGGCAGCACUGUAAGUACCUCAUAUCACAAUCCACCGACGUAUGCAAGCCGGAAUCGUGGGUUUUCUUCAAAGCCAUACGGCUGCCACAGCCUGAGACACUGAAAACUUGCGUUGCGUUACAGCAUUCCAGCGUCAUGGCUGGUCGUAUUUCCAAGAUUUUAUCUCCCAUUGACGGCGGAGAAGCAGUCGCCAUCAUUAAGCCUUUCGACAUCGCUGAUAAAUGUGAUGAAUAUCUCAAUAUGCCAGUUCUCACUCCGCAUGACGGGCCAGUUUGCUUAGUCGCACCGAAGGAUGUCUUGUUCAUAUUCAAUGCGCAACACGACUGCCGCGUGUGCGGCUGUUCCGCAACAGCACCAGAGGCGAUUAUCCAGGAACGACUUGUCACUGCCCGUACUCGCUCCGCUGUGAAGCACACGGAUAAGCCACGCUACUUACUCAACAUGCACGCGUUGCACAAUGGCGACCUUAUUCGUGAGACGUUGCCGCGAAACCUCACCGAACCGAAGUACUACAUCGCUCGCGCGUACCGUCAGGCUAAGCACAGCCAAAUUGCCCGUGGCCUACACCUAACCGGCACACUUCGGCGUAAACAAGCGGCAGCAAAAGCUGCUGAAACCCGGGCACGUAACAAGGAGGCUCGUGCUCGCGCUGACGCUGCGACUGCGCAUUGUGCACCCGAAAAGGAAGGGCCAAGAGUUACAGGUUCGUAG